UAGUCCCGACCCGUCCCACCCUAUCAGUUGCGGGCGCGCGUCCCUGUUUCGCUCGUGCCGUUGCGCUGCGCCAAGCCUCCCCACCUCUCUCGUCUCUUCUCCACCCGCCGCCCUCGUGGGAGUGAAACCCUAGCUAGGGUUCUGCCCGCCGCCGCCUUCGAUCAAGACGCCUGCAGCCUUAGCGCGAGCCCGCCAUGGACACAGGACGCAAGCGCAUCGCGCCGGGGGGCGCCAACGGCGCGGGCGGCCCGAAGCGCGCGAGAGAAUCGGAGACAACUCAAAUGGGUGUAGGAAGCAAAACCAAGCCGUGCACCAAAUUUUUCAGCACUGCGGGUUGUCCCUUUGGUUCAAAUUGCCAUUUUCUCCAUAACUUCCCGGGUGGCUACCUGGCGGUUUCAAAGAUGACCAACUUGGGUGGGCCACCUGUUCCGGCUCCCCCAGGAAGGAUGCCUAUGGGACCUGGUGGUCCUGAUGGGCCACCUUCACCUGCUCUGAAGACUCGCUUGUGUAACAAGUACAACACUGCAGAAGGAUGUAAAUGGGGGAGCAAAUGCCACUUUGCUCAUGGAGAGAGGGAGCUUGGAAAGCCCCUGCAGAUGGACAACUCGAUGGGAGCUCCUCCAAUGGGUCCAGGGCCAAACGGUCACUUCAUGCCACCUCCAAUGCCUAUCCCAGACAUGGUUCCUCACUCCACAUUCGGUGCUUCGGCCACAGCCAAGAUCAGUGUCGAUGCAUCCCUUGCUGGCGCCAUCAUUGGGAAGAGUGGUAUCAACACAAAGCAUAUAUCCCGAGUGACUGGGGCCAAGUUAGCCAUCCGGGACAAUGAGGCUGAUCCCAACCAUAAAAACAUCGAGCUCGAGGGAACGUUUGACCAGAUCAAGCACGCUAGCGCAAUGGUCACAGAGUUGAUUGUCCGCAUCAGUGGUAAGGUGCCUCCACAAGCAAAGAACAACCCAGGCAGGGGGCCUGGUUCUCAUGCUGGGGGUCCUGCAAGCAACUUCAAGACCAAGUUGUGCGAGAACUUCAACAAAGGCUCCUGCACCUUUGGAGACAGGUGCCACUUUGCCCAUGGCGAAAGUGAGUUGCGCAAACCUGCUGCUGCUUGAUAGAUGUGUUUAGUGUGGCUUGCGGUGAUUACUCUGCCUGUGUGGCUGAAUAACACCACAGUCGCCUAUGGUGAGAUGUACUGGGCCACGUGCUGCCUGAGAGAGAUCAUUUCCAUCGCUUGCGUAGAGACAAUGGCCGUUUUUUAGGAUUUGUAGGAUUGCCGUAUUGUUCUGUUCGAUUUAUAUC